AUGUCGUGGCUUUCCAUCUCGCCGACCUCUGACUUCUCCAUCGCCAAUAUCCCCUUUGGCAUCAUCUCGACAUCGACCGACCCCGUGCCGCGGCCAGCGAUUGCGAUUGGUGACCAUGUGCUGGACCUUAAGGCGUUCGCUUUAGGCGGCGGCUUUGCAAAGUCACCCGAGGCUAAAAGACACUCCAAGGUAUUCGCCGCGGCUACGCUUAACGAGUUUGCCGCGCUCGGCCGCCCCGUCCACAGGGUGGUUCGCGAGUACUUGCAGGGCGUCCUAGGCGCCGAGACGAAGCACCCGGAGCUGCUCAAGGACAAUGCGAGCCUCCGGAAGGCGGCGCUGUUGCCGCGCUCCGAGGUGCACAACCACGUGCCCAUGGCCAUCGGGGACUACACCGACUUCUUCGCCGGGAAGAAUCACGCCUAUAACGCCGGCAUGCUAUUCCGCGGGCCGGCCGAGCCCCUAACCCCAAAUUACCUACACCUACCUGUGGCCUACCACGGACGGGCCAGCAGCGUUGUCGUAUCCGGGACGCCCAUCCGCCGCCCGUGGGGGCAGAUCCUUAAGGACCCUAAGGCAAACCCUAAGAUGCCCGUCCUAACUACGGCCGAGAAGCUGGAUCUUGAGCUAGAGAUAGGCAUGUUUAUCUGCCGCGAGAAUAAAAUGGGCAGUCCGGUUCCCGUGGAUGACGCCGAAUCGCAUGUCUUUGGCUAUGUCCUUAUGAACGACUGGAGUGCUAGAGACCUACAGGCAUGGGAAUCUGCUCCCCUUGGACCCUUUACGGCAAAGAACCUAGGGACAAGCAUUAGUGCCUGGGUCAUACUUGCAGAUGCACUAAAAGAUGCUAAGGGUCCUGGGAUCCGUAAUGAUACCCCUCUUCUUCCCUAUCUUAAGGAGAAGGCCAAGUAUAAUAUCCUUAGCGUUAAGCUUGAAGUCGACGUUAUUACUGCCAAAGCGGUUGUAACCUACGCCCAGGAGACUUGCUAG